AUGUGAGCAGAGUUGAGUUGCAGGAAGUUAUUUUGAGGUGCUUGCCUGUCACAGCUGUUGCCUCAGUCACCAGAGUCCUGUUGGACCCUCUUCACUUUUCUCUUUCUAUCCCCUGGACCUGCCACAUCUGUGAGAAUGGAGAUCAACGUCCAGUCUGUUGCAGAGGUCAUCCCAGCCCGGACCAGUGUGACUCCACCACCGUCCCCAGUCACAGCAGAGACCCCGGUCCCUCUACCCCAGGAGGGCCAGCACAUGGACCCCAUGGAGGAGUUUGGUUGUCGGCUGGACGAAAUUAUCAACACCUAUGGCUCCGCAGCCAGCCUGAUAGAGAAACAGUGCAUCAUCCUGGAAACGGAUAAGGUGGAAGAGGAGGCAAGCGGAGAGGAAGCUGAUGAAGUCACAGCCGCCAAGAACGCCAGCACGGGCAAGGAUGCAAAGAAGUUGGUGAAAGGCCUAGGAAAGGAGGGCACGCUUCUAAUGCAAAGUUUGAACAAGCUGUGCACGCCAGAAGAGAAACUGGAUGCUCUACUCAAGAAGUAUGCCGAACUUCUGGAGGAGCGGCGAGGUGAGCAGAAGCAGCUGAGGUUCCUGCAGAAGAAGCAGGGCCACAUGGGGAAGGAGAGGGACCAGCUCCAGUACGAGCACAGCAGAGCCAUCCUGGCCCACAGCAAACUGGAGGGCCUCUGCAAGGAACUCCAGAGGCACAACAAGACCCUCAAGGAGGAGACCCUUGCGCGUUGUCGUGAGGAUGAGGAGAAGCGCAGAGAAAUCACCACUCACUUCCAGAGCACGCUGACAGACAUCCAGGCUCAGAUCGAGCAGCACAGUAACCGCAACAACAAGCUGUGUUCGGAGAACACCAACCUGGCAGACAAACUCAAACACAUCAUCAGCCAGUAUGAGCAGAGAGAGGAGAGCUUGGAGAAGAUCUUCAAGCACCAUGAUCUGCAGCAGAAGCUGUCUGAUACCAAACUGGAGCAAGCUAAUGCACAGCUGCAGGAGGCCGAGGAGAAGCACAAGAGAGAAAAGGAAUACCUACUUAGGGAGGCAAUUGACAAAACAAAGAAAUGCUACACAUUGAAGGAGCAAGAGUUGCAGUUGAAGAAAAAGCUUGCUCUGUACUCCCAGAAGUUUGAAGAGUUCCAGACUACGUUGUCUAAGAGCAACGAUGUGUACGCCAGCUUCAAAAAUGAAAUGGAGAAGAUGACAAAGAAGAUGAAAAAACUUGAUAAAGAGUCGAAUGUUUGGAAGACCAGAUUUGAGAGCACUAACAAGGCUCUCUCAGAGAUGAUUGAAGAGAGGACUGUAAAGGAGAAUGAGUAUGAGAUGUUCGUCGUGAAGAUUGACAAGCUGGAGAGGCUCUGCCGAGCACUCCAGGAUGAGAGGAAGAUCCUGUACUCCAAGAUCAAAGGCAUUCGCCAAACGCCUGACUCCACCGAGGGGACACCCAAGGACGAGACACAGGAGGUGGCCACUGAACCAGUCCACAGCCUCAUGGACAUAGUUGAGGAGCCAGAGAUGACAGAGGAGAUGGCCCGUCUGAGGGCUGAGCAGAACAGGCUGGCGGAGUUUGCAGCCUCCCUACUGGCCCCGUCUACAGGAGACGAUGAUGACGAUGACUCUGACAGUGAGGAAGAGCCAGAGUCUACAGAACCUGCUGAGGCCCAGAAGAUCCCUGAACCAACAAAGGCCCCAGUACAGGUAGUGGUAGAGGCACCAGCACAUGCAGAGGAACCAGAACCAACAUAUGCAGAUACACCAGCGCAGGCUCCAGCACAGGCAGAGGCACCAGCACAGGCUCCAGCACAAGUAGAGGCACCAGCACAGGCUCCAACACAGGUAGAGGCUCCAGCACAGGCAGAGGCACCAGCACAAGCUCCAGCACAAGUAGAGGUACCAGCACAGGCUCCCGCACAGGCUCCAGCACAAGUAGAGGUACCAGCACAGGUGGAGGCACCAGCACAGGCAGAGAUGGCUGCCCCAGUCCAGCCAGAGACCCCAAAACAGCCAGAGCCCUCCGCCAAGAAGCAGACGCCAAAAAAGGAGAAUGCAAAUAAGACUAGCUGAACCGACGAAUGUGUCAUUUUGUGAGCGUUAGAACUAUCGUCCCUGUGCCUUGUGUUAUGGUUGAGUUGAGAUAUCCAAUCCAGCUUGGUUUGUCUAUAUACUGUUUUAUCUGAAGUGGUGUGCAGUAGAAGUAUGUUUAAGUCGUAUACCAGAUGAGGACAGACAUAGAUUUACUGCAUAACCAAAGAAUAGGUAGAAAGGUUAUUCAGGACAAUGCACCCUCAAAACUUUCCAAUGCCGAAUGUUGCCUUGCGCAAACAGCAUCAGAACAGUCACUGUCUUUUUUUGACUUUUUCCAUCUGAACCCCUAUAAUGUAACUUCAAUAAAUAUCUCAUU